GCGCCGGCCGCCCGUUAAAGGGGCCGCGCCCUCGGCACCCACCGAGUGCCAGCCGGGCGGAGGGCGCGAGAUCUGGCUGUGGGCCGGCGGGCGGGGAGGGCGCGGAGGGCGCGGGCGCGCUGCGGCCCCUCCGCACCAUGUACACCAUCACCAAGGGACCCAGCAAGCUGGUCGCGCAGCGGCGCACAGGUCCCACGCAGCAGCAGGUGGAGAGCAGGCUCGGCGAGCUCCUGAAAUGCCGGCAUCUCGCGCCGCCGACCCCGCAGCCCCCACGGGCUCAGCCGCCGGGACCCUGGCCCCUGUCGAGUCCAGGGCCGAGGCUCGUGUUCAAUCGGGUGAAUGGCCGGCGGCCACCUGCCACAUCCCCAUCCCUCAAGGGAACCCAGGAGACCUACACACUGGCCCACGAGGAGAACGUCCGAUUUGUGUCCGAAGCCUGGCAGCAAGUGGAGCAGCAGCUGGGUGGUGGCCCAGCCGGUGAGAGCGGGCCGAGGCCAGUGCAAUACGUGGAGAGGACCCCCAACCCCCGGCUGCAGAACUUCGUACCCAUCGACCUGGACGAGUGGUGGGCACAGCAGUUCCUGGCCAGGAUCACCAACUGCUCCUAGUCACAGCUUUGGAAGGAACGCUGCCCGUGCAGGGCCUGGCCCUGCCCCACGCUGGACCCUCUGCCAGGAGAGGACCACGGCGCCCUGUCCAACCC